AUGAAUAAUGUUGCUGAACAGUAUGUAAACUUCCUUGCCGAAACUUCCACUGACAGUGCAAUGCCACUGGAUGAAAUUAAACAAGAAACAGCAGGUGAUAAAACUUUGUUAAAAGCCAUAGAAUAUGUACGAAACGGCAAGUGGCAUGAGCUGAAACAAAUAAAAGAUUGUGACAUCAGUAUUGAAGAUUUAACUCAGUUACGAAAUGUGCGUGAUGAAUUAACUGUACACUCUGAAAAUGUUCUACUGAAAAGCGGUAAGAUUGUAUUACCCACAUCAUUAUACGCUAAGGCAAUAGAGAUAGGUCAUGAAGGACAUCAAGGCAUGUCGAAAACAAAAGCAUUUGUGAGGUCAAAAAUCUGGUUUCCCAGAUUGAAUGAAUUUAUUGAAGAAAAAAUAAAAAACUGCUUAGCUUGUCAAGCAAACACUUAUGAAAAGAAAUACUCACCACUAAAUAUGUCAGAACUACCAGUGGGACCAUGGCAAGAUCUAAGUGCAGAUUUCUGUGGUCCUCUACCAUCAGGGGAAUAUUUAUUGGUCAUAACUGAUGAAUAUUCAAGAUACCCAAUCGUUGAAAUAGUCCCAUCGGUCUCAUCAAAAAAGUUAUUCCAGUAA